GCCCUCCCUCCCUGCUCCCUCUCUGUGCACAUUUACACUUUUCCUCUCAGGAUAGGCCUCGGCCCAGGACACAGGAAAAUUGAAAUUAAAACUUUUCAUAACAGGUGAGGUGACUGCUUCCUUUUACAAACAGCAUGGCCCUAACAAAGGACACCCGCAUCACCCUUAAUGAUGGAAACGCCAUUCCCAUCAUAGGUUUGGGCACCUACGCUUCCCCUGAUGUCCCAAAAAAUCUUGGUGAAGAUGCCACAAAAAUUGCCAUCGAUCUUGGCUACAGGCAUAUUGAUUGUGCUUACAUCUACGGCAAUGAAGUUCAAAUCGGGAAUGCCAUUCGUGCAAAAAUCUCUGAUGGUACAGUUAAGAGAGAAGACAUUUUCUAUACAGGAAAGCUUUGGUGUACGUUUUUUUCUCCCGAACUUGUCCGCAAGGGUCUAGAAAAGUCUCUGCAAGAUCUUCAGCUGGAUUACCUGGACCUGUUCAUAAUGCACUUUCCUUUCUCCAUCAAGCCCGGAGGAGCCGAAGAACCCAGCAACCCAGAAGCCUUUGUCUAUGAUGAUGUGGAUUUCUGUGCUACUUGGGAGGUUCUGGAGAAGUGCAAAGAUGCAGGCCUGGUGAAGUCCAUUGGCGUCUCAAACUUUAACAAAAGGCAACUAGAACGUCUCUUGAGCAAACCAGGACUAAAAUACAAACCCGUCUGCAACCAGGUGGAGUGUCAUAUAUACUUGAGUCAAAGCAAACUUCAGGCAUACUGUAAUUCUAAAGGUAUCAUCUUGGUAGCAUACAGCGUGCUGGGGUCACACAGAGACAAGAACUGGGUGGACCUGAGUACUCCUGUUCUGCUUGAAGAUCCAAUCCUGGCCAAUGUGGCAGCUAAGUACAACCGAACUCCAGCGGAGGUUGCCAUGCGCUUCAUCCUCCAGAAGGGGAUUGUGGUACUGGCCAAAAGUUUCACAGCAGCUCGUCUAAAGCAAAACCUUGAGGUGUUUGAUUUUGAGCUGAAUCCUGAAGACGUGAAAACUCUAGACGCACUGGACAAAAACUUGCACUAUGGGCUUUUUAAGCAAAUGAAGCAACACCCUGAAUAUCCAUUCGAUGAUGAGUACUGAGGAGCAAGUAUCUGGUCAUACCGGCUGUCUUAAAUAUCAUUUCUGAACUUUAUGUGAUGGACCAACAUGAAAAUAUGCACAUUUCGCAUUAUUGACAAAAUAUUUCUUAACAGCAGCAAUUGUGAGGACAUAUUAUCUGUUCAAAAAUA